UCUUAUUUCCUGCAAGAAAAAGAGGAAAUGUCAACCUUCACGUUGUGAUGUCAGUACUACAGUGCUUCUGCAGUAGAGCUAGAUUUGUCUCUGUAAGACAGUUUUCAGCAUCUUUUACAAGGUUUAAAAAAGUCAAAACAUACCAUGAAAUACUUGGAGUACCACGGAGUUCCACAAAAGAACAAAUUAAAGAGGCUUUUUUUGAAAAAUCAAAACUGAUUCAUCCAGACACUAAUACAGGAGAUGAGGAAAAAUUCAGAGAGCUUAAGACUGCCUAUGAAUACUGUCUGAGUUUCACAAAACAACCAGAUGAAAUGACAUACAAUGAAAUUGAAGCAAAGGAGAGAGAGGAUUUAUUGGAAACCAAGAGAAAUGUUCACAGUCCUUUCAUAAUUGAAAACUUUAUUGAGUACACAAUCAUUUUGAUCCUGUGCUUUGUGAUUUCUCAAUUUGUGGCACAUGGCAUGUAUAAAUUCCAUCCAGUAUCAGAAGGUCUAGCCUCUUAUGACUUGUCAGUAGAGGGUGAAGAAAAGAGGACUGCAAUAAAACGGCGGAUAGCACAGCUAGAACAGGAGGAGUAUGAAUGGCAGGCCAAGCAAAAACAAACACACUAAAUAACUGAAAACAAAAGAAGACAGUCAGAGGAUGACUUUUUAAAAUAUGGGGAAACAGAUAUGGAGGAUAAUAUUUGGGGGAGUGCUGAUUGCUAUGAAAAUAAACAUCCUUGAUUAUAGUUAAUUGAGUAAUACAACAUGGUUUUACAUUGAUUUAUUUUGAUAAAUAAAUAUUUACAUACAAAUGUA